AUGAGAUUCGGCAAUCGAGUCAUUCUGGAUGACGUGUCACUCCACGUGAACCCGCGAGAAAUCGUGGGUCUGCUGGGACCCAACGGCGCGGGCAAGAGCACCACCUUCAGCAUCGCGGUCGGCCGCGAGACCCCGACAGCUGGCACCGUGCAAUUGGGCGGCACUGACGUCACCGGCCUUCCUCUUGAGCGGCGGGCGCGGAUGGGCGUGGCGUUUCUGGCUCAAGAGGCGAGCAUCUUCCGCGGGCUCAGCGUGGCGGAUAACAUUCGACUCGUUCUCGAGGAGGGGCCCUUGCCGCACCAUUUGCAUGACGCCAGGAUUGAGGAGCUGCUACGCAAGUUUGACCUGGUCCACGUCGCACACACUCUCGGGCGCCACCUGUCAGGUGGAGAGCGGCGCAGAGCGGAGGUAGCCCGAGCACUGGCAGUAAAGGACAGCGAUUGCAACCCGCCACGGCUGCUAAUGGUCGAUGAGCCGUUUGCAGGCGUGGACCCCAUAGGAGUGCAGCUGAUGCAGAGCAUGCUGUGCAGCCUAAGGGAGCAGGACGGCAUGGCCAUUCUCAUCACGGACCAUAACGUGGCGGAGACGCUGGGGGUGUGUGACCGUGCGUAUGUGAUGCAUGAGGGGAAGGUGGUGGCGUGUGGCACACCAGAGCAGGUGUUGGAGGAUCCACUUGUGCAGAGGUUCUAUCUGGGACCGGCAUUUAGUCGUCAGGCAGCACUGUGA